CUGGGGGCAGGGUUAAAAUAACCCACCCUUUACAAGCGGCCUUACACAAAACGAGCUAACUCGAUAGGACAGGUUUAUUUCGAUAAGCCCGGCUAAUUUGCGUCAAUUUCAGUUCCACAAACGAAGCUAAUCGUAAGACCCGCUGAGUUAAUAUGGAAACAAAUGCUUUUGAAAACACCCGCAUCGUGUCAGGUUAAUCUCGAAGCUUAGAUUAGUUUGAUUAACUAUAUUCCAAGCCUUAUGCUUUCACAUUCCCGUCCGGCGGAAACAAUACUCAGGAACAAUUGUUCCGCGGUAGUACAGUCUAAGGCAGUAUAAAAAUCAAUGCAAUCCCGCAUGCAUGCAAAAACAUCACGAAACGUGCUAGGGUUAUAAAGGACAAUUGCAAAGGAUUUAUUUUGUUUUUUCCAUAUAAGAUAUAAAACAAUAUUUAAAGAUUUGUCUACCUAUAGUAAACAAGAAGGCUAAAAACAUGGGCUGUUUGGUGUUUUUAUGUAAUCCUCUUUUUUUAUUUGUUUUGCUUGGGUGGCAUUGCUACAACACAAAAAAAGCAAAACAAAUAAAAAAAGAAAACCAGUUAAAUAAAUGGCUUAUUAACAAAAAAACAAACAAAAAAAAAAACAGUUAAAUAAAUGCCGUAUUAAGCUACCAUAUUUCGGCAAACUUUCCUUUUAUUCAGAUUUUUUUUUUAAAUCAAUUAAAAUAUUCCAGUUACUAAGAGAAUCUGCUGUGGUAACUGAUGCUGUUCCCAGCAGAGAAUUAAUAUACUUUAACAUACGCUAUAUGAGUUAUUUGUGCUGUAAUGUAGUGAAAUGGCACACAAGCGAGUCAAGAAACAUAAGAAUCUGUGCACAAGCACGUAGAACAUCGGGCGGGGGACGCGGAUUGACGUAGUUUUAGAUUAAAAAUGCUUUAGGAACGGACAUGCUCUGUAACUUCUUUUUCUUUCAUUCACAGUGUCCAUUGAUUUCUGACACGCUCCUCGGAGCUUCGUAUUAAGGGUGGCAUUUAAACAUUAAAAACAAAGACGUGCCCAUGGUUUGGAAGUGACAUAUUGUAAGGUUUGGUCUUGGUUGGUCGGUAUUGGGCGAUUUUGGUACUCAGAUCUGGCAACCUUGCUUUCCAGGAAGUCAAGUAAAAGUUUUGAGGAGGCGUGUGUGUUCACUGCCGAGCAUAACGUCGCCGUUAUAACUAUUGUUUUAAAUCCAAAAUUAAAAUACAUUUUUAUUACAUUACGUAUUAUUUAUUUGGUGUAGGUUGGAGUAAAUGAUGGAAGAGUUUAUCCUACCAGAAGAAGUGUGGGUCCACGUGUUUCAUUUCCUUUCCACUUCUGACAAAUUAAGCGUUCGCUCUAGCUGUAGAUUUUUUAUGAGACUGAUCGAUCGCCCCGUUUUGUGGAAGAACACCACACUGUACAUUGGAAAAAUCAGCUCAUUCACGUCUCAUUCCUGGAGAACUCUCAUCAACAGGAAGAUAGCAUCGGUUGUGGGGCUAAAGAUGAAUGGAAAAGAGUGGAAGCAGCUUGCGUUGCGGCUUCCGUGGAUUCACUCAGUUACUGUGGAUGAGUGCUGUGUCAGUGCACUUAAUUCACUUAGUGAGUUUAAAAACCUAACGCGACUUGUGCUUCGGCGGUGUGUGUGUCCGAGUUUAACAUCACUAUCAACACUGCGCGAGCUGUCGCAUCUCAGCCUGUGUGAGGUGGUCUGUGCUCCAACGUCAGACAUUAUUAAUGCUCUUUCCCAGCUCAAUAAUCUGACUUCACUUCACUACCAUGCUUGCAGCAAACCCAUACCUACAGCAGCAUUUCAUAAUCUAUUACAACGCCUGCCAAAAUUAAAACAACUCUCUUUAAAAGUGGGAUCUAAUCAGAGCCCUGUCUCCAACGAUGCCCUCUUCCUUCCACAAGCAAACCACAUGCCUGAUCCACAGUGCAGAGUGCCAGCAUUAAUCAGCCUGGAAUUGCUGAACUACAUGGACCCCAUUCUCUCUCCUGUGGCCCUGCAGGGUCUUCCUUCCCUCAAAUUCUUGACAGUGCAAUAUAGAGGCUGGGCUCUGGAACCAGAGCUGUGCCACCUUAAAACAUGGCUGUCAACAAUGCCCUUUCUCUCAGAGCUAAAUAUUUCAUUGGGAUAUCAGCUUGGAGUUUAUGUUAACUCAGUGCCUGCAACAGUGCAUCACUUGUCCCUCAAAGGAGUGAUGGCAGAGGUUAAAGCUUUGAGGGACUUAGCACAACGAGUGCCAGAUCUCCUGCACCUGCACUUGGACGUAUGUUUCCAUAAAAGGCAAAGCAUCAUUGCUGAAGUUCCUUGGCUUUUCCCCAAGCUGCAGAGCCUGGCAAUAAGACACUACAAGGUUCCUGUGGAAGAGUUCUUGGGACUUGCACAGUUGUCCCAUCUUAAGCAUUUAGUCAUUCUGGACCCUAAUUCAGGACCAAAUUCAGCUCUAAAGGAUCUGACUCAAAAAAUGCACAUCCAGACCAACUACAGAGUUAAUGUUAUUCAUUUGUCAGGACCAAAAGACCCAAAUGCUUGUUUUUGUGCAAAUUACUGAUAUUCAGCCCAUACAGCAUGUCUGUACACAGAACUUGAAAUACAAAUUCAUGUUCAGCUCAUUAAUAAAGCUUGCAUGUUCUCCCCA